CCAGCGCGGUGGAAGGGUGGGACUGGCAGGGGGGGUUUAGAAAGUGACUGGUCCCUGGAGUUGGGAACCAGGGACUGACUAUCUGGCAACAGGUAUCAGUGGCCAAGAGGGUUCCGGGCAGGGAUCUGCAGGGCAGAGGGCAAAUGGAAGGGUGAAAGGGCAGUUUCUUUAUAGGGUGUUGGAAGUUGGAAAGAGGCUCUCAACCCAGUUCCUCCCAUUCCCAAGCUAGGGUGGCCAUGAGCCCAGGGGUUGGCAAGUGUGGGCGUAGACGGGGACCACGGCUUGUGCCCCCCAUUGACUCACCCUUGUCCUGCUGGAUGCCACUUCCUUUGAAAUCUUUCCUCCAUUUCAGCCCUCCCCUGCUGCCUCUGUCUCAACACAGUCCUCCCGCCUCCCUAGAGUCCCAUGAGGCCGGCUGCUCUGGUGAGUUCCAGUUUGAGGCACUGUUCCGGGGCCAGAAGUCAGGGUAUUUCCGCAGAGCUCACCCCACUCCCUAUAGGAUGAUAUCACCUUGGAGCAGACCUUAGAACUGAAGCGCACCAUGACAGAACUGGAACCGGAGACACUGGCCCUGCUGGAAAUGAAGGGGCCCGAAGCUCCAGAGAAGAGCCCACCACAGGCGCUAGUCCCCACUGUCCAGCAGCCCAAGGCAGAAGAUGGGACCGAGUCCCCUGGAGCUGAGUCUCUCAGAGUGGGGUCUUCAGUUGGGUCUCCCAUAGUCAGAGAGGGGCCUGAGGAUGGUCCAGAGAGCACCAUAAGUGAGGCUGCGACCUUGCCCUGGGGAACUGACCCCCAGCCCAGCGCCCCACUUCCAGAUCCCCCAGGCUGGCGAGAUAUUGAACCAGAGCCCCUAGAGUUGGAGCCACUCACUAAGUUGGAGGAACCACUCACUACUAAGCCCGAGGAACCACUCAAAGAUGAUGCCAGCUUGCUCCUUGAAAACUCAGUUAGGGCUUUUGUGCCCAUUGACCUACAGUGUAUCGAGCGGAGGCCACAGGAGCGCAUGGAGCGCAGGAAUUUCCUGCCAGCCCGACUCAGCCACCCCGAGCCUCCAGAGUGCAAGUGGGCUGAGGCAGUUGUGAGACCCCCUGGCCGGUCCUGUGGGGGCUGUGGGAGCUGUGGAGGCCGCGAAGCACUGAGGGCUGUAGCCUCGGUGGUGGCUGCCCUCAUUUUCUUCCCCUGCCUGCUGUACGGAGCUUACGCCUUCCUGCCUUUCGAUGCUCCGAGGCUGCCCACCAUGAGCUCCCGCUUGAUCUACACCCUACGCUGUGGGGUCUUUGCCACCUUCCCCAUCGUGCUAGGGCUCCUUGUGUACGGGCUGAGCCUGGUGUGCUUUUCUGCCCUCCGGCCCUUCGGAGAGCCCAGGCGGGAAGUAGAGAUCCACCGGCAGUACGUGGCCCAGUCUGUGCAACUCUUCAUCCUCUACUUCUUCAAUCUGGCCGUCCUUUCCACCUACCUGCCCCAGGACAACCUCAAGCUGCUCCCCCUGCUCACUGGUCUGUUCGCAAUAUCUCGGUUGAUCUACUGGUUGACCUUUGCUGUGGGCCGCUCCUUCCGAGGCUUUGGCUACGGGUUGACUUUCCUGCCGCUGUUGGCCAUGCUGAUGUGGAACCUCUACUACAUGUUCGUGGUAGAGCCAGAGCGCAUGCUCACUGCCUCUGAGAGCCGCUUGGACUACCCGGACCACAUGCGAUCGGUCUCCGAAUACAGGCCGCGCUCUUGGGGCUGAGCAGGGGACUUUCAGUGCUUCCCUGAAACAAUUGCAGGCCCGGCCUUUGCCCUUCAAUGUGAGGAACCUUGCUACUGCCCCAUCCAGUUCUCUCUUAGCUGUUGUUUUACUCCUGGAGUGCGAGAACCUGAGACUGGAGAAGCUCACUUCCGUCCAGGCCUCCCACUACCUCACUACCGGCUUCCUGUGGGCCAGGGGUCUCUGCCAGCUGCAUAGAUGAAAGUCAAGGAGAUGGAAAACUGCCUAAGCCCAAGCGUAGAACUUGGAAUCACAUCAGAUAAGGACUUAGACAUCUUUGACACUAGAUGAAAACCUCCCUAGGGGGCCUGGAUUCAAGACCCUCUCUCUCUAUCCGUGGCUUCAAGACUCUUUUUGCCUCAGUCAAGACUAUUACAGCUGUUGCCUUCCCUCUCCCAACCUACAUGGGUCCCUGUAACCUUCUACUUUUCAAACUUCCAAGAAAUCCCACUGUAAAAGUGGGGGUUGGGUCCCAGCACUCGGGAGGCAGAGGCAGGCGGAUCUCUGUGAGUUCCAGACCAGCCUGGACUACCAAGCGAGUUCCAGGACAGCCUCCAAAGCCACAGAGAAACCCUGUCUCGAAAAACCAAAAAAAAAAAAAAAAAAAAAAAAAGUUGGGGUUGGGGCAGAGAGAUGAACCCUCCAGAAGGACUGUGUGUAUAUUCACAUGUAGUGGCUGGAUGGCAGAGUGGCUGCUUGCCCAGUGUGUAUGUGUGAGUAUGUAAUAAAUCACCGCCCGCCUCCCAUGGCUCUUUCUUCCUGCCCCCCCCACACUCCCCAGGGCACAAGUCAGCUCCUAAGCAUCAUGACCAAGGGUGGAGGGUGGCUGACAAGAGCCUAGGGGAGACCACUGGGAUUGUUGAGAAAAUGUGCCCUCAAAUAGAAAUUGCCUUGCAA